AAAGCAUGGCGAAGAAAUAUUGGGGGUUUUUCCUGUUCGGUUUAACCCUAGGUUUAAUGCUGAACUUGAGUCAGCAGGUUUCACUUUUCAAGAGAGAUUUCUAUACAGCUGGUGUGGUGGAGUUCAAACCGUCCAAUGUGCUGUCCGACAAUCUAGCCGGCUAUUUGGAGAUAAUCAACUCGCAGAAUGCCACUUCUACGGACAUUAUUGUGUUCCCGGAGAGCACUCUUAACGACAUGGGUCCCAUGACCUUUGUGCCCAGUCCCGAGGAUCAGAUAAGCCCCUGUUCGAGUGAUCCUAAUGCCACCUUAUACGAGGAGUUCCUGGUGACCCUCUCAUGUGCGGCUCGCAAUGCCAGCAAAUACGUUGUGAUCAAUCUCACCGAGAAGCAGAAGUGCGAGGAUGUUCCCGAGGAUACGAGGCCCUGUGCCUCCAACGGACUGAAUGUCUUCAACACCAAUGUGGUCUUCGAUCGCCAGGGAGUGGUGGUGUCCAGGUAUCGAAAGGUUCAUCUGUAUGGUGAGCCCAAGAACAGCACCUUCCUGCCGGAACUGAGCACCUUUGAGACGGACUUUGGGGUCACCUUCGGGCACUUCAUCUGCUUCGACAUCCUGUUCUACACACCUGCUCAUCAGCUGGUGGAUCAGGGAGUCACGGACUUUGUGUAUCCGGCCAUGUGGUUCUCCCAACUGCCCUUCCUCACAGCUGUUCAGAUCCAGCUGGGUUGGUCCUAUGGCAACGAUGUGAAUUUGCUGGCGGCUGGCGCAAGUGAUCCCACUGUGGGCAAUAGUGGAUCGGGCAUUUAUCACGGACGCAGUGGCUCACUGAGGAGCGUAAUGCGUCAGGAGUCCGGUGAGAGGAGCGUAUACGUGGCCCGGGUACCAAAAUACAGGCGCAGAAGGCGGAUGAAGCGGGAUCUCAACCGACAAGUGGCCACCAGUUCAAGUUUCAACAUCAAACGGGACUAUCUGGAGAACUUCAACAGCGAGGAGGUGAAAAUCGACGCUGGAGAAGCGGGUAAUCUCAGCCAGAUUCUGUGUCACGGUGGCUUCUGUUGUCACUUCGAUCUGGCCUGGAGAUCCUUGGGGAAUCCGUCGAGUAACAGCAGUAACUACAGCUAUCGAGUGGGCAUCUAUGAGGGUUGGCGCAAUGACAAGAGGUUGGAUGUCAACUAUAUUCGCAACUGUGGUUUGUUCACCUGCUCUGGCGAUUCGAUAGAUGAUUGUGGUCAGCUGCUGCCUGACCUACAGAGGCCGCUGGUGACCUUCACCCAUCUGGAGAUCGGAGUCACGUAUCCGCAGUCACGGGAAUUCCUUCUGUUUCCCGAUACACUGCUCGAUAAUCUUCUGCCUCUGGAGCCCAGCCAAUUUGAGUGGUCACAAAAACAGAUCUCUGAAGAGCGCCACCAAGUGCGAUUUGCCCUGAGGAAAUCCCUGGAGGUCAAACACCUCUUGACCUUUGGCAUUUAUGGUAAUUACUACAACAAUGAGUGCACAUCUGGCGUGGGAACAGCAGAAGAGCAAUUGGAAUGCGGCUAUAAAAAUCCGAAAACAUAA